AUGGCGGACGACAUGGAGGAAGAGAUGACACAACUCAUCAACCAAUACAUGGAGUCGAGUGUCGCGUUUGGCGCCGAUUUGGAGACACUGUCCGAUGGUUUGGCGGCCAAUGCGGGCCAAUGGGUGUUCGGCUUUGCACACGUCGUCGACAUCACAUCACUCAACACAUCCAACAAUGACAAUUUGGACGACUAUUUGGCGCAAAAUGCGGACACUUUUGGCGACAUUUUCCGCAAACGUCUGAUUCGCCGAAUCGGGAAACAAGUCCUCAACGACCGCAACAUCUGGUCGUGUCUGAAGUUCAAGAAUCUCAGCCAACAAUAUCACCACAAGAAGUAUAAGCACGUGAAGCGCAGCGAAAGCAAACUCGUGACCAUUGAUUUCCUUCAAGUGGUGUCAAUGAGUGCGCCGACGAAGACGUUGAUCGCCACUAAACUGGUGGCCAUCGAUGAGAACCAAUGCGACGCUCCGUUCAAAUGGAAAGUGCGGCCAUUGGCCGACACUAAUCGCGGAUACGUUAACAAGAGUCAGAAGUAUCGCGAGUCCAGCGAUGACCGCAUUCACGCCAAAAAGCGCAAAAUGGCGGCCAUUUUUGGCACCGAUUACACCAAAGAUGGGAUGAAAAACAUCGAAAUCACUGUGAAUUACAUGGCGUUCACUCAGAAAGAGCUCGACUACCUCUACAUCGGAUCCCAUCUCCAGAUGGUUGUCCUCCUGAAGAGUCGUCCCAAAGAGUAUAUACUGUUGUCGUUCGACAAGAAGUUCUGUCGCCGACCGGCGGUCCACCAAUCGGUUCCACUGAGCGGUGAAUUCGACCAAUUUCUCAAUCAAUUCCCACAACAAAUACAACUCUUGUUCAACGACCGAUUGCAAUCCAACUAUAGUUUUAUGUUGAGUUUGGCGUUCAUUUUCGGCGAAAACGUCUCGCUUUUGGGCUCAUUCUUCCGCUUGAAGUUAGGACUCCUGUUGAAUGUCUUAUCGCUCAACGAUUUCCCGAAACGCAACAACUCAUCAGUUCUGGUCGUCUGUAACGAUACAACGAUGACACGGCGUCUGCUUCACUGGUCCGCACUCUUCGCCGAUCACCACUUCAUUCAGACAUCCAUUUCGCAGCUCAUGUCUGGCGGCACUCGUAUGACGGGUGGUGUCGAGUGGACCGACUCGGGAGCGUUGCAUUUGGGCGCCGAUGGCGUCACUGUAAUCACGGGCGCCGUUGGUCUCAACGAUCUGCCGGUGAAGAACCGGACGGCUCUGUUCCACGCGUUGGAGUCCAACGAAGUGAUCGCCCGAAACAAUCAGUCACCGCUCGACAACCAAACGCUCAAAGAAGUGGAACUGAAGACAACUAUUUGGGCGGUCAGUGAAGACAUUGUCGAAGAGAGGGAACUGAAGCCAAAGGGGCGGUCGAUGUUUGGCGGCCAACAGAUCCGUUGGAGCGAAGUCUUCGGAAUGGUUUAUGUGAUCAAAGACCCGACAGAUCGCUACUUCUAUCAGCCAUCGGGUGACUACACUUUCGAUAUGGAUGAGUGGCGACAGACACUUGAGCUCAUGGCUCACAUCCGCCCACAACUGAGCGUAGAGGUAGAGGAACUGCUUCACGACUACUUCAUGUCCAAUCGUCGCAUUCGCGGCUCAGUUAUGAAACGCCUCUCAAUGGAAACGCUGGUCUGUUUGGCCAAAGGGUCGGCCCGACUGUCGCUGCGGCUGACGGUCACCAAACACGACGCUCUGAUGGCUAUUCUUCUCUACGAAGAGUCACUUAAGGCCCGAUUCCCGCACUUCCUGUCCUCACUGGCCAUCGAACCCGUGUUUCACGUGCGGAGCGAAGACAUGGCAGACGCCAUCGGACCAAAUUGCGAUCACUUUAUGGCCGAUUUUGAGCGCAAAUUGAAUCAAUUUAUCGACGAAACCAAACCCAAGUCAGAGGCCAGUGGUUCCAGUGGUUCCGCUUUCCAACAAUUCAUACUAAAUGAAGAAUAA